AUGAAGACCCUUUUGCUUCUCCUGUUGCUGUAUGUGGCUGUCUCCUCUGCUUUUCCUGUGGCUCCAGAAGCAGAAGAUGAAGGAAAAACCCUACAACUUGUAGAGAGUUAUCUACAGAAUUUCUACGAUCUUCAAAGGGAUCACCAGCCUCAUUUAAGAAACAAGGGUGAAAAUGCCCUUGCUGCAAAGCUCAAGGAAAUGCAGGCAUUCUUUGGACUACAAGUGACCGGGAAACCUGAUCUUGACACUUUGGAGAUGAUGAAAAAACCCAGAUGUGGUAUACCUGAUAUAGGGCAAUAUGUGUUCACAGCAGGGAAUCCCAAAUGGAAAAGAAAUAAUCUGACAUACAGGAUUUUGAAUUACACCCCAAAGAUGAGACAAGCUGAUGUAGAUGAAGCAAUCAGAAAAGCUCUCAGUGUCUGGAGCAACGUGACACCAUUGACAUUCCAAAAGGUUGAGGACAAAGAAGCAGAUAUAAUGAUCUCUUUUGCUUAUAGAGACCACUAUGACAACUCUCCUUUUGAUGGCCCCAAUGGGCAGCUGGCUCAUGCUUUCCAGCCUGGUGAAGGUAUUGGUGGAGAUGUGCAUCUUGAUGAGGAGGAAGCCUGGACAAAAGAUGGAACAGGCUACAAUUUGUUCAUUGUUAUUGCCCAUGAGCUUGGCCAUUCACUGGGUCUGUCUCAUUCAAAUGAUCCUGGAGCACUGAUGUAUCCAACUUACUCCUACACAGACCCCAAUGAAUUCCUUCUUCCUCAGGAUGACAUUGAUGGCAUUCAAGCCAUCUAUGGACAUUCUAAUGCUGCUGUGCAGCCAACAGGACCCAUAACUCCCCAAGCUUGUGACCCAAAUUUGACAUUUGAUGCUAUUACUACCCUACGUGGAGAAAUAAUAUUCUUCAAGGGCAGAUAUAUGCUGCGCAAACAUCCUGAGAGGACAGAGACAGAGCUCAAUUUUAUCUCACUGUUCUGGCCAAAGUUACCAUCAGGAAUUCAAGCUGCUUAUGAAAAUGUUGAGAGGGAUGAAGUUUUACUUUUUAAAGAGGAUAAAUAUUGGGUUCUCAGGGGAUAUGACAUUGCACCCGGCUAUCCUAAACCAAUCUAUCGUUUGGGGUUCCCGAAGACUGUUAAAAGAGUUAAUGCAGCUUACAGUGAUGAAACCACAGGAAAAACAUACUUCUUUAGAGCUGACAGAUACUGGAGAUACGAUGAAAACAAAAAAUCCAUGGAUCGUGGUUAUCCCAGGAAAAUAGUCUCCGACUUUGGAAAAAUUGGCAGAGUUGAUGCUGCUUUCCAGAAAGAUGGCUAUGUCUACUUGUUCCAUGGAACAACUCAGUUCCAGUUUGAUCCUCGUGCCAAGCGGAUUGUUGGACAAAUGAAGAGCAUCAGCUGGUUUAAUUGUUAA